AUGAGCAAAGCCCGAGCUGCUGCCCAUGAGCUUGCCAUCCAGGUGAAGCUGUGGGGCUGGAGCUGCCAGGAUGGGGGCAGCGGGCCUCUCCCUGCUCGCCAGCACCUGGAGCUGCGGGCCUUCCUCCGCCUCCUGGAGCACAGCUUCCUUCAGGAGUUCCUCGCCAGAGACCCCUGUUUCCAGAUUUCGGACAAGUACCUCCUGGCCAUGGUGCUGGUCUACUUCCGGCGCGCCAACCUGGAGCUCAGCGAGUACACCUGCAGCAACCUGUUCCUGGCACUGUACCUUGCGAACGACAUGGAGGAGGACCUGGAGGAGGCCAAGUGCAUGAUUUUCCCCUGGGCCCUGGGCGAGGGCUGGCACGGGCAGGUGGCAGGCUUCCUGCGCCAGAGGGACAAGCUGUGGGCCAGGAUGGGCUUCCGGGCCUUGGUGAGCCGCCGGCACUGUGAGAGGGUCAUGGCCACGGAGCCGUCCCACUGUGCCUGGGCCCGGGAGCGGGGCGCCCACCACGGCGGGGCUCACCGGAGCUACUCCAGGGCGGGGAUCACCCUCCCCCGCGCCCCCGGCUUCUCCCCGCCCUGCUGCUCCCUCUGUGGCUCACCCUCCCUCCACGGCUACUACCACCGCCCGUCCGGCCCCUCGCCCGUCUGCCCCCAGAGCCCUCCCCCCAGCCCCGAGGGGUGCGGCUCCCCCGCCCAGGCCUGUCUCUCAGGGGCUGAAGACCCCUGGGCCGGGGGCUUCCUUGUGGUCCUGCCCUCCCAGCUGCUCCUGGAGCCGGGCACCUACUCCCUCCACAUCCUCCUGGAGCCGCUGCCAGUGCCCUAG